AUGGUACAGGAAGAAGAUGACCAUGGGCUCACUGAGUGCAUGUGCGCUAUACGGGCGAAGGCAGAUACGGUACGUUUGCUUGCACUGGCAGUUAAUUUGCCGAUACCAUUGCUUGUACCGCUGUCCUGGGGUCAAAAUAGUCUGAGGUACACUCGGCAGCUGCUCGACUUCAGCGGUUGAUCUGUAUGGCUAUCUUUUGCAACUUACUUCAGAAGUUACCUAUGGCUGUAUAUUGUUUGUUUUAUUAUUCAGAUUUUACAGCUUGUACUAAAUCUGGUCGUUUGUUUGUUCGGCCCACCAUUAUCGACUCUGACACAGAAAUUCAAACGAAAUAUAAAGUUGAGCUAGGGCAGUAAGUUUGUCCGGCGUCUACAAUUAUUUUAUAAAUAUCCCCAACUGCUGGAAGCUGAGAAAAUAGUAAGUUUAUGUCUCAAAGACGUUCACACUUCUCGACUGUACAUUUAUCUUACUUGCAUUUAGUAUGGCUGUGACCACGACAGUUCAUAAACCAUACAGGCGCCGAAGAGCAACGUGAGAAUAGCCCCUAACCCCCCCCCCCCCGCUCCUCUGAACGCUCAAAAGUACUCGCCAAGGGUAAUUGGUGUUAUCACUUCCCUAAAUGACCUGGCGUACUGAUCUGUGGGUGCUGUGAAUAAGACGUCACAUAUUGCUUACCCUUGUGCAUCGGAAUAAUAUCGUACCUAUGGAAAAUCCUAGAAUAUUUUCCAGAAAGUGGGGAACAGAUCCGUUUAAGAGGCCUUCGGUAAGGGUUAAGUAUAUGUGCGGCGUAAGGAAAACUAUGGGAUACUGCCUAUAAUACUUUUAAAAGUAGGCGUUGUUCGGUAGAGUUUUUGAUCGACCUUUCGUCGGCAGGAGGACAUUCGCCAACCCGUACCACCCCGAGGCGUCUGUGCUGCUGAACUGUUUAUAUUCGUUCAUUGUUCUGUACCCCCAAACGUAACUCUUUAGUAAGAGGAAAGCUCAUUUUAAAAGAUAAUUCGGGACGGAGAGCAGUCAGGUAGUGAAAAAAGUACUUAAAAUAUUGUUAGAUGGAACGCAUAGGUCUACCAGUAAAGUAGGAGUGUUAAAACGCUGGUGAAUUAGUUAAAAAAACAGGUAUCAUUCUCUUACCCUGCGCAUCUACUUAACUCUUACCAGGUUUUCUUUGAAAGACAUACGAAUUGAUGCACUUGACCAGGACAGUCAAACUACACGGGAACUCUAUGGAUAUCUUAGGCAUGUUUAAGGACUGUUGGUUUCUAAGGCCUCCGGUAGGAUAUAAUACUAGCUGCAGUAGUAUUUUUUUCUUGGAGUAUGCUUGAGAUUCCAAAAACCAGGCGUGGACAGAAAUCUAUGAAACCUGUAAAUCAACUGCAGCACGAGUUGAUAUUCCUAAUUUAUAGCCACAAGGUUAAAACAGCCUUAACUAGAUCAUUUAGGUGGACCUGGAUGUUCGGUUAGUAUCGGAAAACAAGCUUGGGUUGGCCCACUUUGCCAGCUUCUCCGUCCUCUAUCGCCUGGCUUACCCGACUGGUGGACAGUCAUUCGAAUGAAAAUUCUCUCUUCAGUGUUUUGAUUGGUAGAACCUAUGAACUGGCUAACUGGCCGCUGCAUCAGCCUAUCAAGUUUCAUUUCUUUGGAGUUCUUGCCCAGACUUUUGGGGAUAUGGUUCACAGCAAGCGCAAGCGCCCCUCACUCGAAUUAAAGUGUGAGCCUGGCCUGUAGGGACUCACCACCGUCUAAGAACGUCAUCAUUCGUUUGCCAGAACGCACUUUUGAACGCAGGGGCUGUAUUAGUUAUUUAAAUAUCUCUCACUUUCCUGCUCUCUUCCACACAUACACACAAACACACUCAAACGAUAGUUCGGUGGCCGUAAGCCACGCGAUGCGUCCGGCCAUGACUAUUGCGUAAAUUCACUUACACUGAAACAGAACUGUGCCACACAUACCGCGUUCCAGUUACAAUUCCGGCGUCCGGGGGUUGGCAAUAGCUGGAGAAGAUAACCAUCCCGCCCGCACUAACCACACACGACCUAGACUCUGGCCCCAUAUGCAUCGGGCUUCGCCAAGGUGGGGGUCUAAGAUCGGAAGUAGGUGACACUGUCAUAGAGGUCUCAUUAAGAAGGCACCACUGCAGGUCGAUCCUCAUUCUCAAGGAGAGUAGAGUUGUCCAGUUAGCUGACAAUCAUUCGAGUCGGGAUUUGUGGCGCGUCGUGAUAGGUUCAAGCAUCUUCGAUUUAGUAAGGUAAGGGAUGCGUUGACUUGUCAUGCAGUUGGAGUCUUCCUCAAUGUUGAUCUAUCUCCCAUCUUACAUGUAACACUGAACUGUACGAGCAUGCCAGCCGAUUGGCGAUUACGUUGGAUUCAGCGACCGACAUAAUACAAAAGCCUCCCUCAAAACUUUCAAUAAGCGUGUGCGGUUAGUAGUUAAGGAUUUAAGCAAACUCAGCACGGCGAGAGGGAGAGGGCUUAAUGCAAAAUCCUCAAGGCCACCCAAGACAGCUCUUCAUUUGGUUGUCUUGCCACUCAUUACAACUCCCUGUAACUAAAGAACUCUUGAUAACCGGCUUCUGCAUGCGUUUCUCGGACUGUAAGUCCUCUAUGGCCAAAAGGAUUACCAAAGGUCCAUAGAGACUUAGAACCAGACAAUUUUUGGCGAUACCGUAGUAAAUGUUCGUCAGAGAUCUGUCACGGCUAUAUCCUCGUAUGCUUGCUGACGAGUGCGAGCUGAAGUGAAGCAACUCACUUUGAGUUAUUUGUCUAAAAGACACAGCCUUACAUGUAAGGGACCAUAAAUCUCUUUUAUACAUUGAAAUAAACAUCAAAUUUGGGUCUACACCUAUAAGCCUUAGGAUAUGGUGAUCUACUCCAAGUUCGCAGUUAAUUUCUGAGGAAAUUAAAAAGCAACCAUUUGUAAACUGGACUGUUUAUCAGAAAGCAAGCGGAGAAUGCCAGGGGGACCCACUGAAGAGCCCUACCCUCUGAAGAUGUGCCAUGCAGUGGGAGAAUAUAAGUGAAACACCCAUGUCUGGGCUUUUAGCGAGUACCUGUGUUGCCAGUACGGUAUCUGGUGGCUCUAAAAUUUAAUACUAGCUGCCUGUCGGCAGUUAACGAAUGCUAAACAGUUUUCCCGCUGUGGCUGAUGUACUUUGGCCAAAAUAUUCAUGCAUCAAAUUUCUGUGUGCGCAUAUAGACCUUAGCAUAUUACUGAUGUACUCCAAGUUCGCAGUCACUUUCUGAGAAAACUAAAAAGUUACAAUGAACUGAACUUACAUACAUCUAGAUAUCGUACUCAAGUAGAAUUAAGAUUGCGGUUACAGUGCGACAUUUAUUUGCAGCUGUUAGGAGGGUUUCCAGGAGAUCAAUUCUAGAGUCUUUUUAAAUAUUUGGGCAGUUGUGAGGUUUUUCUGAAAAGAUGUUUGGAUGGAUUUUGCUGGCCCAUGCUUGUAAAGUUUCCCCAGAAUGUCUGGGCUCAUUUCAAAGUUUACUUUAUAAUUUGGCUCGAAGGAUUGGACAUGGUUCCAAUCCGCGACUGCCAGACCACAGUUCAGUGUGUGGAAAAACCGUUGAGAAGAUACACUGCUGUAGUAACUGCUAGGUAAUGCAACUAACAGCUGAAAUGUUACUCAUGAGCCACAUGAUCCAACCACUCGCCUUCGCGCUGGAGGCAUUGCAACUAGUCGAUAUUCCCCUAUUUCUCUCACACAGGGUGAGUCUACUUAAGCGCCGCAGGAAGGCUGAGUAAUCAAGCCUGUUUUUAACCGGAUAACCCCUCAAAGUGGGCUUCAUGAACACAGAUUUCUAAAAUACUGGGGAUUUUACCCCUCCAUUUAUGGUUGCUGAAUCGAACCAAUGUAACUUAACGUUACAGCCUUACUCUAUGUCCAGUGUUUAUGAAACUACUAACGGAUAUAAGUGGACUCCUAAGAAAUCAAUGUAAAAGACCUAUAUGACAAUUACUGUUGAACGCUGACAGGACCCGAACUUGGUUGCCAGGUGCAAGUUAAUAAUUUUUAAGUUGUGCUUGCACGUUUAGGCUGAAAGUUACAGAAAUUCAUGUACGGGAUCCUUUUCUAAUAGGUAGGCCUUCCCACUGAACUGCCCGAAAACUCCCGCAAAAACUUGCCCGUCCUCACAAUGGAUUCUCAAGUAUUUCACCCGCCUGUUGAACCCCUGGUUCUUGUCGCCGCCUAUACGAAGGUAGGUUUUUAGUUUUAAAAUGACUUGCAAUGUAAUGCUGCUUGUCUUGGCGAGUAUGAGCAUGAUCCUCAGCUGCUGUCUACAGAUGGUGCUCAGCACAUUUGGGUAACAGAAUUUUUUACAUACUUUAUAUGUCAAAUCUAUUCAUUCAACUGGCGGAGAAAUGUCCGUUGAAAACCACAGCACUUUUUCACUUACGUUACUACAAAGAUUAAGUUAUCGCUUCUUUAUGCGCUGGCUACAUUAAAUGAUUUACAGUAGUUAAGAAAGGGACCGAUGAGAGUUUGCUAAAAGUAGAGUAUAAUCGGAAAAUAUCCUGCUAUUCCAGCAAUUCUUCAAAAAUAAAGUCGGACUGAAAGCGGUAUCCUAGUGUUACUCAGCCUCUCUUCUGUAAGACAGAUAUGAUGAAUUCACUAUGUGAUAUCUCGGUCUCUCGCGAAAUUUCUUUUCAUGCUUUAUGUAGUCCCUUCCCUUCCUCAACACCUUUCUCGACGGGGACUUAAGUUUGCGAUUUUUGGAGUCCGCUUCAGUCCUUCUAAAUGAGGCCGUCAUGAAAACAGAGGAGGCCAACUCCAUACUAAACAAUCCCGUGUUAGAGGUCAUCGAAGAAGAUUUCGACAUUUAUCGUCACUUGAAUACUCCUAAGGCCCUGGACACUGGGUUUGGGGCCUCUUCAAAAGAGAGGGACCCGAUUUUCAUGAUUGGCUUCUGUCAACUCUAUCUGGCUGACAUUUUGAUGCACUGCUCUGUCGCUUCACUGUCUAUCAAGUUGCUUACAUGUCCGGGUGAGUUAGCCUUCAUUGGGCUUUUACUAUCCAGGUUAAUGCACUCAUUUCCAUUAGUGAAAGUAUUUUAUUACAACCUGUAUAAUUUUCAAGCCACUCCGCGUUUGCUGAGUCAUUUUAAGAAGGAGUUACCCCUAUGGGUUUGUCCCGAGUACCAACUUCUAUAUGGCUGACCUAUUCCACUAAGGAGAGACAACAGUCUUAUUGACAAAGAAAGUGAUCACGGUCAUUAAAAAAAACAAAAAGCGAUUUUCAAAAAACAGACCUUGAAUGAAGCGCCACUGUUAAGUUUAAAUUUAGUCAGGAAGGGAAGGAAAUUUCAAGCAAUGGGAACGGUUAAUAAUAAGUGAUGUUUACUUUCACAAUGAAUUUUAGGUAUAUUUUUGGAGAUGCCAUCUAGUUGGGGUUCCUAUACCCUAUCUUUACCCAGCUUAUUUUAUUUGACGGAAGUGUGGGUGUUGUACCUUUGGGCCCCUAUCUGUUACAGGCAAUGGACGUAUAUCAAAAAGUUGCAAACGGAAACACCAAACAGCUACAAAAUAAUUAUCGAAGUCGAAUAGAUAAACGUAUUAUUCCAAGUGUUAGAAAUGCUUGGACUACCAUGCAGGUUGUAAAGUAAACAGACUAUGCGUAACUGCGCUACAGAGACAGUAGUACGGCUUAAAUUACCUGCAGGCGCCAAAGUGAAUGACAGGAUGCGCGCGUGGUGACAAAAUUCAAAAAGAAACACUACUGACGUAUAGACAAUAACGUGUUGUUGACGUUGAGCGCCGGGACCGUAUUGGUCGGCUGGCAUUAAGAUGUGUGAUGCAUGCUGAUCAAGCUUUCGCUUAAUAGUCUCGACAGAUGUGAACAUAGCG